AUGUCGUGACCAACUCGAAUUCAUUUGACAUAACAUAGUGGAUAUUGUUGAUAAUUUUAUUAUUCUUUAUUUCCAAAAUUUAAUAUGUCUAAUGAUUACUAUUUUAAGAAAUGGAGGAAUGUUAUACAACGUUUGGAAACCGUAGUGGCACUUGAUGUCGAAUAUCAGGAGACAAAGGCUCACGAAAAUACUCUUUGUGAGGAAGUACAUCAUCUAUCGGGAGUACUGGGUCAGUAUAUGGCUGUGUAUAGCGAUGCGGAGGAUUGCUACAGACACAAUCUACAGUUACAGAAGACCUCAUACAUGGUGGAAGUGAUUAAAGCUGUAGUUUCCAGAAUGUUGGAACUAAAACAUGACUUGCAAAAGUUUGAAAACAGUAACUUGCAAUUCUUCGGUACUGGCAUCAUACAAGCGAGGCUCACAACGUAUGAUAUAGAAAUGAUGAAUAUAUCAGCGAAGAUAAAAAGACCAAAAGCAGUUCAAACGAUGAUUGAAGAAGCAAUGAUAAAAGCUAAAGAAAUAAUGGAAAGUAAUUUACAUGAAGCAGCCAAAGAUGAACAUGCAAUAGAAGAGGUUCCUGUAAAAACAAGGAACUGGUGGGAAACUGAUGAGAUUGAAGAAGCAACAGAAGAGCCUGUGGAAAUAGAAGAACAGCUCUCAGAAGAGACUUUACGGAAAAGAGAAAUAAUAGCAAUGAUACAGGCACAUGAAAAGUCAAGGCAAGUCCUAACACGCGUCAGACAUCGAGAAGUCAAACGAGAAUUAUGGGAAAAGGAAUUAAAUGGGACCCUCCGACCACCAGCACCGAUAGAGUUGAGAGAGAGGAGUGCAAAACUCAUCCAGAAAGUUUUAAGAGCUUAUUUCGAGUUAAAAAGAAAAAAACUGGAAGAUUGUAAGAGAGAUGAAUUAUUGGGUUUGAGAUUAUGUGGGGGUCAAGAUUUGUUAUUAAAGCAGGAUGAAGAGAACUAUCGUACUGAACUAUACAAUCAAUAUUCUGAGGAAUGGAAAAUAUCCCGAAAUAAUAUGAAACAACAGUUUUUAAAACGAAGGAGUGAAGCCCUUAAAGAAGAUUAUCGUGACUACAUACGUGCGUGGUUUCAACAGUGGUUCAAUCAAGUUCAAUAUAUACAUGGCAUACCAAAACCUAAUGAAGGUGGAAUAGCCACUAUACUACGAGAAGAAGUUCUUUCUCCAACCGAGUGGGUCGAUGAACACAAAAAGUAUUUGGAAGAGAAAAUUACUAAUAAAAAUAAGACAGCCACACAGAAAAAAUAUGAAAAAUUAGAAGCUAAAAGAGAAAAAAUGAUGCAAAAGAAAGAAGAGUUAAUGAAGAAGAAAAUGGAAGCAGAUUUUUUGAAGAAGCUAAAAAAGAAUCCAAAUCUACAUCCAGGCUAUGACUACCCGCCAUCUAAAAAAACAGAACAUGUGAUAAAGGCAAUCGAACAUUAUAAAAAAGACUGGGAUGCUUAUGAUAGCACUAAUGCGGUUGAAAUAAAAGUUAAAUCUGUAAAGGAAUUGGACAUUGAUCAUGCUUGUAUGGAAGCUAAAUUAGAAAUAUUGAGCGUAGUCGAUGAAGAAAUGAGACGAGAAUUGAAAAUAUUACGUAGAGCCUUAAAAACGGACUACGAAAACGAAGGUGAAAAAAUGCCUGAAGACAUAAAGAAAUCCUCCAAAAGGAGAGAAAGAAAACGCAAAAGGAAGGCAAUCGAUAAAAAAAUAAUUGCUGAAAAAAUUGAGGACUUAGCUAUUCGUGGUUUUGUAAAAGAAUAUCCUCUAAUUAAAUUCGAAGAUUUUAUGGGAGACCCUAAUUUUGUCGGAGAAGAUUUAAGAUGCCAGUAUAAACAAGCUUUUCCGCAUCACGGCGAUAUAAGGCGUAUUUGGUGGGACAGAUGUCGGGAGAUGGCACACGGCUUCCAUAAAAUUUUGUUGGUUGGCCCUAAAGGCAGUGGAAAGACCAGGCUCGUCCAUGUGAUGGCUUCUGUCAACGAUGCAGUAUUGUUUGUGAUAGAUCCUGAGAACCUUCCAGCUGAGUUUCUAACGGCAGUGUAUCUUCAACAAUUGGUGAACUCUAUAGCAACUUGCGCUAAGGCGGUGCAGCCUUCAGUUAUUUACAUCAAGCAUGUUCAAAGACUGUUUUAUGCUAAGGUGCCAGCGGAAGAACAAGACAUGGAUUUGGAUCUCCUGAAGAGAUAUUUUACGAAGAUACUGUUUAAGAAGAUUAAUAAAACGGAUAAAGUUACUAUUAUAGGCAGUUGUAUAGAUCCCUGGACGACAAAAUCAAAGAAUAUGUUCAAACAAUUCCAGUCAGUUGUUCUUUUGCCACACACAUCUUAUUCUGUGGUGUUAAAAUUGCUUCAAAAUUGGGUUAUCAGUAAUUCCGUAAUACCAAAAGAUUUAAAUAUAAACAGCCUAGCCUACAUGCUUCAAGGCUACAAUUUCGGCUAUUUAAAGGAUGCUUUAAAUAACUUUUUAACAGCUGAACGAAUUGUAAGAAUAGCCGCCUACGGAUUAUAUCCUCAAGAAAUAUACGAUUAUAUUAUUCAAGAUGAUAAUCAAAGUGUCGCUGAGUACGAAAAGUACCUUAAAUGGUACACGGAAAAAACGACAUGGGGUAUAAGAGAGAAGAAACAUUUGGAAGAACAGAAAGAAUUCCAAGAUUUAGUAAAGAAAUUCGCAGAAAAGGACAAAAAGAAGAAACCAAAAGUCAUUUCUAGUGUUUCCACACCAAACAGUGUCUCUAGUGUAAACAAUAGCAAAUGAUAAAUUAUAAUUAUUAUGAAAACGAUA